CUAAAUGCAUCUGGGGAUUAACUAUGAAAGAAUGAACAUGAGCACACGCACGAUCAUGCAACCAGAAUAUCACUUUUAUGGAGACUCACGCUGCUCCUUAAAGUCUUAUCCGCACGGGUUGUAGCCAACAAAAAAACACGCGCGCCUUAAAAGCAACCGCGACCCGCCACCGGCCUUUCACUCGACAUUACCUGAAUCCCAAACAGAACUUCUACUUACUUACAAAACCGUGCGCAUUCAACGUGAUGGUUCGCUUAACACUCAUAGCCGCUGCCGUGACUGCUGCACUGGCAGUUCUUAGCCCUGUCGCGGGAAGCGCGGAUGGAAAAGACGCUGCGGAAGUUCCUCACAAGUGCCCCAUCAGCGAAAAGUGCCCUUAUUAUGAGCACGCAAAAGAUACUGGAAUGAUAAAGUCAAGCGACGACAAGACAGCAACGAAAGGCUGUCCCUUGAAAGAAAAGGGCUGUCCGUACUAUGAAAAGCACAAGGGUGACCACAAUCUCGUCGACGCCCUUGUAACCGAGAAUGACGAUUGUCCUCUGGCUUCAAAGUGCAAAUUCUACCAGGAUGUGAAAGACGGAACUGCCUCUGCCGUGAACUUCAACAAAUCCGACUGUCCCCUUGCGCACAAGUGCCCCUACUAUGAUGAACUGAAGAAGAAUGGCUCGACCACAGCAACCGAUUGCCCAGUCCUUCACGCUUGUCCUCACUUUAGCAAAAAGGAUUUGGAAACACAGCCGCACGUAGGGGGUCAUCCCCAUGGUCACGCGCAUAAAGGUCAUGAAUGUCCGUUCAUCGCAAAGAAGAAGGCGGAAGAGGCCCUGGAAGCAGAGAAGGUGCAUGUCAAGGACGAAUUGUGAGCUUACGCAAGGGAUCGUACUUUUCAGCUGAAGUAACCUGUAUAACAUGUAUUACGUCCAAACGUUGUGACCUGAGAAAAUAAAUGUCUAUUUCUGCCUUGGCUGCACUUUUAGUGAAAAGUCAAUAUGUGGAACACUUUGUGAUAGAGAUCCAAAACUAAGAACGUCGA